AUGAUCCUGGAACACCUUUUGUGGACAGGCGCCACUUGGACCUCGGUCGGUCUGGUCCUGGCCCUCUCCCUCCUCGCCUAUUUCGCCGCAGCGACCGUCAAAACGUGGCAUCGUUUGAGACACAUCCCCGGUCCACGAGGUGCUGGGUUCAGCAAGUGGUGGUUGCUGCGUAACACGUUGGGUGGGAACUUGCAUCUGGCAACCAAGGCGGCAUGCCGGCAGUACGGCCCCCUUGUCCGCGUUGGGCCCAACCAGCUGGUCACCAAUGACCCGGAGGUGCUCCGGCGGAUGUGGAGCGUCCGCUCGCCCUACAAAAGGGGCCCCUUUUACGAGGCGGUCCGCUUCAACCCGGCGCGCGACAACUUGGUUUCGAUGCGCGACGAUGCCUUGCACGCCGAGCUGCGGGCCAAGAUGGCGAACGGGUACGGCGGCAAGGACAACGACAGCAUCGAGGCCGCCAUGGACAAGGAGAUCCUCGCGUUUGUCGACCUCCUCGAGCGCAAGUACAUCUCGACCGACACCGACUACCGCCCCGUCGACCUGGCGCGCAAGGUGCAGUACCUCACGCUCGACGUGAUCACAGCGCUGGCGUUCAGCAAGCGGUUUGGCUACACGGAGCAGGACGCCGACGUGUACUCGUACAUCAAGAUCACCGAGGACAGCAUGCCCGUCAUGAUGUUCUUGUCCAUUUUCCCCGGGCUCGCCAAAGUGCUGCAGUCGCCGCUGUUUCGGCGCCUGAUGCCGUCGGAACACGACCGGGUCGGGUUCGGCCGGUUCAUUGCGGUGGCCAAGCAGAUUGUCGGCGAGCGGCUCGCGUCGGACCAGCCGAAGCGCCGCGACAUGCUGGGCUCGUUUCUGGCGCACGGCCUGACGCGCGAAGAGGCCGAGGGCGAAACGCUGCUGCAGAUCAUUGCCGGGUCCGACACGACGGCCACGGCCCUGCGCACCACCCUGCUGUACCUCAUGUCGUCGCCGCACUCGUACCGCCGCCUCACCGACGAGGUGCGCGCCGCGGCGGCCGCGGGCCUCAUCUCGUCGCCCGUCGUGACGGACGCCGAGGCCCGCCGGCUGCCCUACCUGCAGGCCGUCAUCAAGGAGGGGAUGCGCAUCAACCCGCCCGUGGCCGGCACCAUGGACGUCGUGGUGCCCGAGGGCGGCGACGUGCUCUGCGGGUUCACGGUGCCGGCGGGCACGGAGGUGGGCUGCUCCGAGUUUGGCGUGCAGAGCCUGUCGUCGGUGUUUGGGCCGGAUGCGGACGUGUUCCGACCGGAGCGGUGGCUGGAAGCGGAGGCCGAGGCGGCGGCGGCGGCCGACAAGGAGGGAGAAGACCGCCUUAAGCAAAUGAACAACACGUGGGGCCUCAUCUUCAAGGCGGGCAAGUGGCAGUGCCUGGGCAAAGAGGUGGCGCUGGUCGAGCUCAACAAGGUGUUUGUCGAGCUGCUGCAGCGGUACGACUUUACGCUGGUGAACGCGUCCAAGCCGUGGCACUCGAUCAACGCGGGCAUCUUCAUCCAGUCGGGUCUGACGACCAAGAUCACUCGGGCCGGCCCGGUCGCGGCGUAG